AUGUCUGAUCGACGAGCUGCCUUGCUGACCAAACGGUUUUAUGAUGUUCUCAAGGGCAAAGUCCCUAUCGAGCCACGAACCUGUCACUUAUUUCUCGAUUCUAUAUGCUCCCAACCGGAUGUUGCGUUAUGCGUAAGCAAGAUAGUGGGAGAAUCAAAAGGACCCUCUGCUGUGCAGGAGGCGAUGCGACUGGACUUGUCAGCAGAGUUUAUGAAUGGCAUUGGUGCUGACGUUCUUGUAUACCUCCUCCAGGCCACGAACAUCAGCAGCAAUGUACUGGAUCACCUGCUUGUUCAGAUAGUUGAACCAGAUUUUUUCUGGUCGGCGUUUAGUCAUGCUUUUACUCAGGGAGAGCUACUCGAAAAAGCUCAACGUGCCUUCGCUGGCCUCCUCCUUCGGCUGUUGAACCUCUCCAACCACGACACAAUACCCUAUCUCGAACUAGCUGGCAGGCCAAACGUGCUUCCAAAACUUACAAGCUCUGCAAACUUGGAGGUCCGGCUCAUCGGAGAGAAGAUCAAGCAUAUUCUUUCGACAUAUUGCUCCUCAGCUCCUCCCUCAGCUGCCCAUGGCCCAGGCGGACGACAUGACAAUGAUCAUGUCAAUUUUCGCGAAAUCGCUAUCCUUCCCACAGCCGACGAAAUUAGAUGCAAACAGCUACCAUUCUUGCGCCACAGCUCAGAGUUAGAAGAUGAAUCCGGAGAAAGUACGCGUACUGCGGAUUACCUCGACAAUACAUUUCGCCUUCUUCGCGAAGACAUGAUAGCAGAAAUGAGAGAGGAACUUGAAACGCUAGAGGGAAAGAGCGCCAAACGCCGCCGUGCCAACCUGAUAGACGGUGUUAUACUCAAAGGCGUUUACCAUGGCACUGAUGAUCGGAAGGUGCUGUGGGGAAUAACAUUGGAGUGUGUCGACGACCUGCCAUCUCUGAAGCAUAUCCCCCCGAAGGACAGAAAAGCGUAUCUCACAGAUGAUCAUGCUGGCUCCAAGAUCCUUCGUCACCAAUCACUCGUCUGUGUGGUGGUUGAUAAGGAAGUGGUUGGCUUUGGCACUGUGAACCGAGUUGAAGAUCUCUUGAUUCGCAGCCCCCCUGUUAUCGUUAUCCAGCUGGACGGGCGGGCGAGUACAAGCAGAACGAUUCUUCGGCUCCGCAAUGCCAAAGACGCGAAGCUCCUCCAGAUUGACACUGCUCUUUUUGCUUUUGAGCCGGUGCUCAAGGCAUUGCAGAAGACGCAGUACAUCCCAGUAUCCGAUGAACUGCUGUUCUGGAAGCUCGGUGUCACUCUGCAGAAUCCCCCACAGAUGGCGGACCAUGUUAUCACAGCCAUCGAAGCUAACCAUUCCGGAAACUUGCAGCACUUGCUUCAGACUCCCGAUCCUAUACAUUUAGAUCGCUCGCAAGCCUUGUCUAUACUUUCUGGCCUGACUCAGAGGGUAUCUUUGAUACAGGGACCUCCAGGGACCGGAAAGUCGUUCGUGGGUGCCCUCUUAGCCAAAGCUCUACACGACUUCACCGAUCAGACAAUUCUCGUUGUCUGUUAUACUAACCAUGUUCUGGACCAGUUUUUAGAAGAUCUUCGCAAAAUUGGCAUUCCUGAUAACAAUAUGGUUCGACUUGGGGGAAGAGCCAAACCGCAGCUAGCGCAUCUCAAUCUUUUUAGUCCUGGUCAGAGAACGUCCCAGGCUCCACGGACUAAAGCAGAUUGGACGAUGAUCGAUGAAUUCAAGAGCAGACUCAAAUACCUCUGUGGUCGCCUUGACAGCUCUGUCGUGGAGUUCAUGACGAACAGGAUUCGUUAUGAGGAUAUCCUAACGCAUAUCGAGUUCGAAGAUGAGGCUUAUUUUGAAGCUUUUCGGGUUCCCAAGUCAGAUGAUGGCAUGGCUGUUGUAGGCAGCAGAGGUCGAGAGGUCGACCCAACGUAUCUCAUCGCACUAUGGGAAAGAGGCCGUGAUGCGGGUAUCUUCAAAAACGCACCUCACUUGAAGACGGAGGAAUCGGCUCGCAUUUGGACUACACACUUACCUGUCCGUCAGAGCUUGUUGGCAAAGUGGAAGCAUGAUCUUCAGAAGCAGAUGGUAGAAGAUAUUGGCACCGUUGGCAGAGACUACAACAAUUGUCAAAUAGAUCUCACUCGGAAGUUUGGCGAGUCGUUGGUCGCAACCCUCAAGGAGAAAAGGAUCAUUGCAUGUACAACAACAGGUGCCGCCAAAUUUACUGAAGAUCUUCGAACUGCUGCUCCCGACGUUGUCCUUGUGGAGGAGGCUGGGGAGAUUUUGGAAAGCCAUAUUCUGACUGCUCUUGGUGAAAACACGAACCAACUGAUCCUCAUUGGAGACCACAAGCAACUAAGACCGAAAAUCAAGAGCUAUGCCCUACAGGUCGAGAGUGACCAAGGAUAUGACUUAAACAGGUCGCUUUUUGAGCGCCUUGUUCUAAAAGGAUUUCCUCAUGCUACUCUCACCGAGCAACAUCGUAUGCGGCCUGAAAUCUCUACACUUGUGCGCGAACUCACAUAUCCCGAACUCACCGAUGCCGCAAGCACUCACGGCCGAGCUGAUAUUCGUGGCAUCCAAGAUAACAUCAUCUUCGUCAACCAUGCGCACCCUGAGGACAAUGACGGCAGAGUCAGCGAUCGCAGCGAUCUUGGUUCCGUGACUUCAAAACAAAACUCUUAUGAAGCCGGCAUGGUUCUGAAGAUCGUCCGGUACCUCGCUCAACAAGGUUAUGGGACAGAUAAUAUUGUCAUCCUAACGCCUUAUCUUGGACAGCUCUCAAAACUUCGGGAAGCUCUCAAGGCAGACAAUGACCCUGUGUUGAAUGACCUCGAUUCUUAUGACUUGGUUCGUGCUGGGCUGCUCUCUCCCGACGCUGCAAAGUCAUCCAAAAGGAAGAUCAGGCUCGCUACAAUAGACAAUUAUCAGGGAGAGGAAAGUGAUAUCGUGGUUGCUAGCUUGACACGAUCAAAUCCUGAUGGCGCUAUCGGCUUCAUGAAGUCCCCUGAACGUCUGAACGUCCUCUUGUCUCGGGCCCGUGAUGGUCUCAUUCUCAUCGGCAAUAUGAACACGUUCCAGAGCAAAUCCCCCCUUUGGAAUCGUCUGUUCGAUCUUCUCAGACAGGCAGCACACAUCUAUGAAGGGUUCCCCGUUAAAUGCGAGCGCCAUCCUGUGCGGAAGGCCAUUCUGCGAGAUGCUAAGGAUUUCGACGAUCAAUGUCCAGAUGGAGGUUGUGCGGAGCCCUGUGGUACCAUGCUCAGUUGCAAUGUGCACCCUUGUCCUUCAAAGUGUCAUCAACUUUCCGAUCACUCCAAAGUACCUUGUCAACAGCCGUUAUUUGGGAAGUGCGUGGUAGGCACUCACAAAGUUUCAUGGAAGUGUCAUCAAGGGCCUCCCUUAAAAUGUACUCCAUGCGAGAAGGAUGCAGAGCGAACUGCAAAGCAGUUGCUGCGUGACGCAGAACUCCAGCAAAAACGUGACGCCGAGCAAGCUGCUCAUGAUACCCGAAUGGCUGAACUGGAUGCGAGGCUUAAAGCCAAGGUAGAAAUUGUUGCAGAUGCCAAUAUUGCGAAGCAGAGAGAGGCUAUGCUCAAGCAGAAGGAGCGAGAGAUUCAAGAGGCAGAAGUCCGCGCGCAGAAGACAGCAGGUUCCUCAAAAGACGGCAGUGUAAAUGCACCCAAAACAACAACCGCUCCCUCACAGCAAUCUUCACAUCCCUCGUCUACUCCUUCACAGCCUCCAGACAGCCAACAAAGCUCUGCUGCUCGCGAUGACUGGGAGUCGCAGAAGAGGCAUUUGGGCGAGCAAAAUGACGCGAUUGACAUUAUUAUGGCGAUGACUGGACUGGAAGGAGUGAAGUUGCAAGUUCUACAAACCAAGGAGAAGCUAGACUUGAUGAGACGCCAAGGAAUACCGGUAAACAAGGAGCGUCUGAAUCUUGCGCUCUUGGGAAAUCCAGGGACAGGGAAGACAACGGUUGCAAGACUGUAUGCCCAGUUUCUCGAAUCGAUACAAGUACUUCCAGGAAGCGCAUUCAAGGAAACUACAGGAGCGAGCCUGGCUCAUGAUGGUGUAGGUGGUGCAAAGAAGCUCAUUGAGGACGUUAUGAAAGUUGGCGGUGGUGCCAUAUUCAUCGACGAGGCCUAUCAACUGGUUAGCGCACAGGGCGGGUCUGGCACAGAUGUUCUGGACUUCUUGUUAGCAGAGAUGGAGAACCGCGUUGGAAGUCUUGUUUUCAUCCUUGCCGGUUACAGCCGUCAGAUGGAGAAAUUCUUCAGUCACAAUCCAGGUCUUCCGAGCCGUGUGCCUCAUAGAUUUACCUUCGAGGACUACACUGACGAAGAACUCCUCGAUAUGCUUGCUGAUCUGGUGGAGAAACAGUAUGGAGGCAGGAUGAAGGUCGAAGAGGGCAUCAAGGGUCUUUAUGGUCGAAUCGCAGUCCGACGCCUAGGUCGUGGCCGUGGCCGCGAAGGGUUUGGCAAUGCCCGUGCACUGCAGAAUAUGUUUGCGCAGAUACGUCAACGACAGGCUGCGAGGGUAGGAAAAGAGCGCAAAAACGGAUCAUCACCGGAUGAUCUCAUGCUCGUGAAAGAAGAUCUCAUUGGUCCCAAUCCAGACUCUGUUCUUCCGCACUGCCCUUCCUGGAUAAAGUUGCAAAAACUCACUGGUCUUAAAUCCGUGAAGCAAUCUGUCAGCAACCUCUUCAACCUCAUUAUGGCGAACUAUCAUCGCGAGUUGGCAGAAAAGCAGCCUCUCGAUAUGGCCCUCAAUCGGGUUUUCCUGGGCUCCCCAGGCACCGGCAAGACCACUGUCGCCAAACUCUAUGGUCAAGCACUGGCAGACCUAGGACUUCUCAGUAACGGUGAAGUUGUGGUGAAGAAUCCUUCAGAUUUUACCGGGCAACAUCUCGGGCAAUCUGAACAGAACACUAAGGCCAUCUUGGAGAGUACUGUCGGAAAGGUCCUGGUCAUUGACGAGGCAUACAUGCUGCACAGCAAGAAUGGUACCCAGGACCCCUAUAAGACCGGCGUUAUUGAUACCAUGGUUGCGGAGAUACAGAACGUACCAGGGGAUGAUCGUUGUGUCUUGUUAUUGGGAUACAAGGAGCAAAUGGAAGACAUGUUCAAGGAUGUUAAUCCCGGCUUUGCUCGGCGCUUUGCGAUUGAGGACGCGUUCAUGUUUGAAGACUUCACUGAGCCUCAACUACAGGAAAUCUUUGAACGCAAGCUAAAAGACCAAGACCUCGGUGCAACAGAUAAAGCCAAGCAAGUAGCGCUUGGUCUUUUGAGCCGAAGAAAGAACCGUCCGAACUUUGGGAAUGGAGGGGAAGUGGAAAACAUGCUGACCUUUGCAAAAGACCGAUAUCUAAAACGGCAGGCAUCGCAACCUUCCAAUCUGUCUCUGGACAUCGUCUUCGAACCAGAAGACUUCGAUCCUAAUUGGGACCGUGAUCAGCACGCUGCAGCAAACUUGACUCAGUUAUUUGAAGAUAUGGUUGGAUGCGAAGCUGUUAUCCAGAAGCUGGGAGAUUACCAGAACAUGGCGCAAGGGAUGAAAGCAUCGGGACUGGAUAUGCGCAAGCAAAUACCCACUAGCUUUAUCUUCAAGGGCCCACCUGGAACCGGAAAGACGACCAUCGCAAGGAAAUUUGGUCAAGUCUAUUAUGACAUGGGCUUCCUCGCAUCUACAGAACUUGUAGAGUGUUCCGCAUCGGAUCUCGUUGGCGAGUAUGUUGGCCAAACAGGUCCCAAGACGAAGAAACUUUUCGAGAAGGCCGUUGGAAAAGUCCUCUUCGUGGAUGAAGCCUAUCGACUCAGCCAAGGCAAUUUUGCGCAGGAUGCCAUUGACGAAGUCGUAGGGCUAAUGACCAACGAGAAGUUCAUGGGUAAGAUGGUCAUCAUCCUGGCAGGAUAUGAGAAGGAGAUGAAUCAACUUUUGGGCGCGAACCCUGGACUUUCUAGUCGGUUUUCCGAGGACUUCAUUCUGCCGAAUAUGUCGCCAACCCGAUGCCUCGAACUGCUUGACAAGGAUCUGCGUGAUUCGAAGGUUGUCAUUCAAGGGCUAUCUGAUCCAUCAUCAUCACUAUACGAGGAGAUGCUAAACAUCGUCGCUGAUAUGGCGAGCCUCGAAAAUUGGGGUAAUGCACGUGAUGUAAAAUCUAUUGCGAAACGGUUGGCUCGCCCUGCAUUCAUCUCAGCUGGGAAAGCUCCAGGGAGUUCACUGGCCGUUUCAUCAGAAGACGCACUGCGUAUCAUGAGAAAUCAACUCUCUGAGCAGCAACAACGUCUCAACUUACCAAACAAGACGGUGCCAUCAGCACCUAGUGUCCCACAGAUGGCUAUGUCAAGAAACACCGCUCCUCCUCCUCCUUCAAUUUCUCAGAGUGUGUCCCAUGCAGCUCCUCCAAAGCCUCCCGCUCCCAAGCCACCUCGUAAACGAACCCAGCAGAAACCUAAACCCCCCACCAGCGAGCCACCUCCGCCAGACACCACGGUAUCAUCUCAGGUCAGUGUCACACUACAUAAGACAGCGAAGAGAUUGCUCAAACAAAGUCCAUCGCUUGCCCAGACAAAUGACGAGGUGCAACGGGAUCCUGGUGUAGAUGAUGCUACUUGGACGAGGCUGCAGGCGGACAAAGCAGCUGCGGAAGCAGCCGAAAAGGAUGCUGCUGAAGAGUUGCGCAUGCGCAAUAUUGCGCAGCAGAAUGCCCUGAACGAGCUGCGAGCUUCAGAAGCCGCUGCACGAAAACUAGCGCAGAAAAAAGCGAAUGACAAUGCCGCCAACGAGGAACUCAUGCGCCAGCGAGAGGCCGCUCGUAUCCGAGAGCUAGAGGCUAAGGCCGCUCGAGAGAAUACCUUGGCCGCGCUGAAGAAGCAGCAGGAAGAGGAAGUGAGGAGGAGGCGCGAGGAGGCUCAAGUACAGCAGAAGUUGCGGGAAAUGGGUGUGUGCGUUGCAGGCUUUCGCUGGAUCAAGCAGUCGCACGGUUAUCGAUGUGCUGGUGGUGCCCAUUUCAUUUCGAACGACCAGCUAGGCAUCUAG